AUGAACCGAUCGCUGGCAUGUCUACGCUGCCGGGGCCUCAGGGCAAAGGCCCGAGCCCUCCCGGCCCGCACGUUUGCAGACAACAAGCGGCCGCCCACGGCGCCAAAGCCCAUCAUCGACAUCAAGCACGUCCGUCAAAACCCAGAGCUAUACGAGCGCACGUGCCUGGAGCGCAACUACAGGAAUCAAGCAGCGCACCCCGCCAGGAUCUUGGAGCUACACUCCCAAUGGCAGGCCCUGCAGAGACAGGGGCGCGCACUCCGCGAGAGGUCGAACCUCCUGAGGAAGUUCCUCGCCAACCCGGCCACGAGCAGCGGCGACGACGACGUCCAGGACAUCCGCGAGAUGAGCAGGCAGCAGGUGCAAGACGAGGCGAGGAGGCUAAAGGGGGAGCUGUCCGGCAUCGAGAAGGGCGAGGCCGCGGCCGCGGCCGAGAUGGAAGCGCUCGCGCUGGAGAUGCCCAACCUGACGAGCGACGACACCCCGCGCGGCCACGAGGCCCUCGUCCUGGGCUACAUCAACAGCCCGCCGGCGGCGUUUGACAAGUCGCCCGAGAACAAGGUCUGGCGGUCGCACGUGCACGUCGGCUCGGAGCUGGGGCUCCUGGACUUCUCGGGCGCGGCCGCAGCGUCCGGCUGGGGGUGGUACUACCUCGUCGGCGAGGCGGCCCAGCUCGAGCAAGCCCUGGUGCAGUACGCGCUCGCCGUCGCCACCAGGCACGGCUGGACCCAGGUGUCGCCGCCGACAAUGGUAUACAGCCACAUCGGGGCGGCGUGCGGCUUCCGCCCGCGCGACCAGCACGGCGAGCAGCAGGUCUACGCGGUGGCGCGGUCCGAGGCCGACGCGGACCGCGGCGUGCCCGAGCUGUGCCUCGCCGGGACGUCGGAGAUUGCCCUCGCCGGCAUGAAGGCCAAUGCCGCCAUCGACCCCGAGGACCUGCCCAUGAAGCGCGUCGCCGUGUCGCGGUGCUACCGCGCCGAGGCGGGCGCCCGCGGCGCCGACACAAAGGGUCUCUACCGCGUGCACGAGUUUACAAAGGUCGAGAUGUUUGCGUGGACGAGCCCGAGCCGGGACGAGGAGCAGGACGUGUACCAGGAAAUGCUGGACGUCCAGGCCGAGAUUAUGCAGUCGCUGGGGCUCUACUGCCGCGUGCUGUCGAUGCCGGCGGCAGACCUGGGCGCCUCGGCCGCGCGCAAGGUGGACGUGGAGGCCUGGUUCCCCAGCAGGCAGUCCAUCAACGACGGCUGGGGCGAGCUGACGUCGGCCAGCACGUGCACCGACUACCAGACGAGGCGGCUGGCGACGCGCACGCGGGUCGACGGCAAGGUCAGCUUCCCGUGGACGUGCAACGGCACGGCGCUGGCGGUGCCGCGUGUCAUGGCGGCGCUGUUCGAAAACGGCUGGGACGAGGAGACGGGCACCGUGGCCAUUCCCGAGGUGCUGCGGCCGUGGAUGGAUGGGCUUGAGCGCAUCGGGAGGGUGGGCAGGAGGAGGAACGCGCACGAGGUCACCUUUACCCAGAAGGACGGGCACGUCGAGGAGGCGUAG